UUUUGCGUAGCGCAUCUGUAUCGGUAAAAAAAAAACCCCAGCGCUGUGAUGUGUGGGCUCAGCCAAAUGAAGUGAUUCAUCCUCUCUCGGUACAGGUUAUCUGCCCCGCUGCUCGUCCGACCUAUUUGAAAGAUAAAAUAAAACACAAUGGGUGGACCUAGUUCUGGACUUUCCCAUUAGUCUCUAUAUACAGACCAUCAAAGAGGAGUCUACACAGUCAAAGGGUUUUACUGGAUCCGGUGAGAGCAUGGCUCAGGUAGAGGAGACCCAGACUGAAGGAGAGGGCAGCCCCCAGAUGAUCUCCUUAAGAUCAGACAUAUCAGGGAACCAUGUGGACGAUGGAGAAGUGGGGCCCUCCAUAAGGAGGAAGAGGAGGAAGAAGAAAGACCCGCGUCCAGAGUCCAUUAUUGUCUACCGGUCUGAUGUAGAGAGGGCACCUGGAGAGGACCAAGGCGGUGAGGAGGGAGCGGAGAGGAGCGCAGAGGAGGGAGCUAAAUUCCUCUGCACACCUACAGGCGAAGGAAGCGGCUGGAGCCUUCCUCCAGACAGCCGCUACGUGACUCUGACAGGCACCAUCACCCGUGGGAAGAAGAAGGGUCAGGUGGUUGACAUUCACCUCACUUUGACAGAGAAGGAACUCAGGGAUCUGGCUAAGUCAAGGGAACGUCUGGAUGCAGAGUGUGAAGCAGGGGAGGGCGCCAAAUGCAACUGCAGCUUGGGUGUGUGCCAGGGACCCCACGUUGUCCUGUGGAGCGUCUCCUGUGCCCCUGUGGUUUUCCUCCUCUCCUUCAUCACCUCCUUCUACUACGGCACUCUCACCUGGUACAACGUCUUCCUGGUGUACAAUGAGGAGCGGACGUUCUGGCACAAGAUUACGAUAUGCCCCUUCCUCAUCAUCUUCUACCCCAUGCUCAUCAUGCCCAUGGCGCUGUCUUUGGCUCUGUACUCCGCUGUGGUGCAGGUGUCCUGGGCCUUCAGUGAGUGGUGGCAGGUUGUGAGAGACCUGGAGAAAGGCUUCUGCGGCUGGGCCUGUGGGAAGCUGGGACUGGAGGACUGUUCCCCCUAUAGCAUAGUAGAGCUGCUCGACUCUGAUACAGUUUGUGGCACUCUGCAGAGCAAAGCCCCAAGUGAACUCGCUCAGACGUCAUCAGUGUGAAGUGGAGGGAUGCUGAGGUCUGGGGCACGUGUCGAUGCAGGCUGAAGUCAAGUUAUGUGACCAGGAAGUUCAAAUUGGUCACAGGAAAGUAUAUGAAAGCUAUUUCACUUCACUACUCUUCUGCAAAUCAUAACUUAUCAAACACUGCCUGAAUUGUGCUAUACUCCUUAAAUUUUGUAAAGCAUUAUUGGAUCCAGAUCUCUAUUAAUCAUUCCUCUGAGCAUGUUGGGUCAUUUUUUUUAACUUUUAAUUAUUCUCAGAUCACUGAAUCCUCCUCAAGGACCUUUUGAUACACGUAGGCCUUGAUGCCUCCUGUAGUAAAGUUUAGAUAAGCUGACUGUGGACUCUGACUGUGUUGGAGGCCUGAAAGUUUCACUUCACCUGUAAAUAUCUGUACUUAAAAUGUUUGUGAUCACUGUGCUGCGCACUGACAUCAGAAACAGCAUUCAUUUCACAGGCAAUGCUGUCUUGUAUGUGACAUCAUCAUAAUCACUCAGUGAAGUUGUAUUUGAAGCAAGGCUGGAUUACCAACUGGAAAAAAAGAGGCUGUUGAUUGGGAAUAUGCACCAUUGAUCACAUUAAGAUGGGUGAUAUCUUGUUAAGGAGUUCUGUGUCAGCAUCUAGUUUUUAAAGGCUGGCGUGACUUUAUAUUCUUCUUAUUGUCAACAAAUCACUAAUGUGGUAGUGGCUCAUCUUUCCUGUCUGUGGCCCUCAAUCCCAUUGGUUCCUACUGAAGAUAUACAUUUUUAAUAAUGGACCUUAAAUAUAACAAUGCAUUACUGUCCUAAAACAGCUGGGAACUGUAGUUUUAAGCACAUUUUAAGUAAUACAGAAGCAAAUAGUACAUUUGUGUGGACUAUUUUAAGUGUUUAAUACACAUUUGAUGCUCUAGUGGGUAUUUUCAGCAGCAGGAUGGUGACGAUGUGGGACUGACUCAGGAUAAACUACAGUGUGUGAUCAUGAUAAUGAGGGAAUGUGUCACCCAGUGUGACAGUGUUGCUUAUUCAUGUGUUAAUCCAGCCACAAUUUGAAGCCAUAGUCAGGACAAGCUGACAAAUCUGACAUUUCUUUGGUGAAUUUAUGUUUUUUCAUUGUCAUGUUUUUGUAUGUUUAAGGCGCCAUCAACACAGAUGUUUGUGAUCUUAAACUACUUGUGUUGUCUUCACAGUUGUGGUCCAUACACGAGUAAAAUGAAGUUCUCUGUAACUUUCCACCGAAGAAUUCCUGUUACAUUUCCAAACAGUCAUAUUUCUAAUGCUGAUUUAAUUUAUUUUAAAUAUUUAAGUCUUGUACACUUCCUGACAUUAUUGUAGCUAGGUGUUUUAUACUCUUUGAAGUAAAUGUAUUGCAAACAGCCAUCAGUAACUGAUUGAAAUACAUAGUGGAAGGUGUUGGUUUAAGUAGAUUGGAUGGUUUAAAUAUUUGGUGAUUCAAAUGUUUAUGAUUAGACCUGGCCGGGUAAAGUAAUUUAAUUUUAACUUCACACAGGUAAAGAUGUGUUUAUGGAUUGAGUCUGUAUGCCAUAUUACAUGUUGUGAAACCACAGAAUGCAAAGUAAAGAAUUACACAAAUUAAA